AUGAGAGAGUGUCGCGAGUGGGAAAAGAGAAGGAAUGAGAGUUAUCUGACUAAACCCUGUUAUCUCUCUCUCUCAGGUAUACCCUGUAGUGAAAGAGGGGAGGGAAAGAAGAAGGGGAGUCCUGAAGAGCAGGAGCUCAGGAGUAUCCCUGCUAACAUGAUGGUCCAGUGGAAGGAGGAGUUUAAGAAGAGGUCCAGGGUAACGUGUCCUGGCUCAGGCUGCUGGUUAGAGUUCCCCAGCAUCUACGGUCUCAAAUACCACUACCAACGCUGCCAGGGGGUGACCCUAGCAGAGAGGUUGAGUCAUGGCUGUCCGGACUGUAAGGCGGUGUUUGCCACUAAGGUCAGCCUCCAAAAGCACAAGCUGUGGAACCACCCCAUCGAGACCAAGGCUGAGCCCAAACUACACAAGACCCCCGUGAAGGGGACCGCCAAGAAAAGGCCUAUGGAGAACACUCCACUGUUGCCUGUGUUCUUCAAAGUCAAAAAGACCCAGGAGGUGUCUAGUCCCUCCCAGAACGGGGAGUGUGCCCCCCAGAGGGGAGAGAGGAAACAGCACCCACACCUCCAGCACCCUCAGCAGCGGGCCUCCUCAUCUGACACCUCCCCCAACACCCCGGGGGGCAGCGAGAGUGAAGAUGAGGGGAGCAGUCUACUCCCACCAUACCCCAAUGAAGACCAUGAGAGGACAAGGCACAGACGGAAGCAGAAAACUCCUAAGAAGUUCACUGGAGAGCAACCCUCUAUCUCGGGGACGUUCGGACUGAAAGGUAUGAACAAGGUAGAGGAGAAGUUGAAGGCUGGUCGUGUGAAGAGAUUAGAGGGGGGUCUGGUCAGCGAGGAGCCCCAGAGGAAGCACCCUGGUCCAGCCUCCAGGAGAGACCUACCACCCCUCACCUCUGCAGAGGCCCAGUGGCAGCAUGCCAUCUCAGAGCGGGGGGAGGUGCUCUGUCCUACCUGCUCCAUUAUCACCAGAAAGACCGUCUCGGGCCUCAAGAAGCACAUGGAGAUCUGCCGAAAGGUGAGUCAAUCAAAACAGAGGGUGUUUGGACCAGCAAUCUAAAUACAUCUAAAUAGUACCAAUCUUUCCCUUUCAUUUGAGAUUACAGCCUAUAUAUUUAUCUUACUGCUUGUAGCAGGAUCCACACAAUAUACUGUCUCUGUUCAACUUCUGAAGUAUGAAUACAUUUGACAGAGUUUGAUUUGGGGUGAACUGUCUUUAGCCUCCCUCUUCACCAUGUGUAUCCACUCUAGACAAAGUGCCACAUCUGGCUUUGCUUCCUCUAUUUAAAGGAUUGUGUUUCACACUCACUGUUGAAACUCUUAAACCCCAAUAUAUCAGUUGACACUUGCCCUAAAUAAUAAUCAUUUUCUGUAUAAUAUUAUACUUAGUACUAUGCCACAUCUGUUCUUGAUUCUAGCCCACUCAAACAAUUGUGCUGAAUAAAAAAACGGACUUGCCCUCUGAGUCAAUAUCAGUUGGCAUAUGUUUUUAUAGCAACAUCAAGAUCAGGGGUGUCAAACUCUUUCCAUGAAGGGCCGAGUGUAUGCUGUUAUUUCCUUUCAAUUAAGACCUAGAAACUCAGGUUCCUAACUAAUCAAUGACCUGAAUCGAUCAAUAAAGUACAAGGGAGGUGUGAACCUGCAGACACUCGGCCCUUGAUGGAGAUAUUACUGUACCGUAUAUGUUGCUGUGUAUAAGAACAAUAUAUAAUGUUUUGAUGGUUUAUGUUUCAUUCCAAAAUGUUAUAUACAAUUUGUUUCAUCUGAUAUUUGCAUUUCUUCAUCUGAAAUGAAUGUUCAUGGGUCCCUUUAUACAGUUGAAGUCGGAAGUUUACAUACACUUAGGUUGGAGUCAUUAAAACUCGUUUUUCAACCACUCCACAAGUUUCUUGUUAACAAACUAUAGUUUUGGCAAGUCGGUUAGGACAUCUACUUUGUGCAUGACACAAGUCAUUUUUCCAACAAUUAUUUGCAGACAGAUUAUUUAACUUAUUUUUCACUGUAUCACAAUUCCAGUGGGUCAGAAGUUUACAUACACUAAGUUGACUGUGCCUUUAAACAGCUUGGAAAAUUCCAGAAAAUGAUGUCAUGGCUUUACAAGCUUCUGAUAGGCUAAUUAAAAUCAUUUGAGUCAAUUGGAGGUGUACCUGUGGAUAUAUUUCAAGGCCUACCUUCAAACUCAGUGCCUCUUUGCUUGACAUCAUGGGAAAUCAACAGAAAUCAGCAAAGACCUCUGAAUUUUUUUUGUAGACCUCCACAAAUCUGGUUAAUCUUUGGGAGCAAUUUCCAAACGCCUGAAGGUACCACGUUCCAUCUGUACAAACAAUAGUACGCAAGUAUAAACACCAUGAGACUCAGGAAGGAGACGCUUUCUGUCUCUUAGAGAUGAACGUACUUUGGUGUGAAAAGGUGCAAAUCAAUCCCAGAACAGCAGCAAAGGACCUUGUGAAGAUGCUUGAGGAAACCGGUACAAAGGUAUCUAUAUCAAACGUAAAACGAGUCCUGUAUCGCCUUAACCUGAAAGGCUGCUCAGCAAGGAAGAAGCCACUGCUCCAAAACCUCCAUAAAAAAGUCAGACUAUGGUUUGCAACUACUCAUGGGAACAAAGAUCGUACUUUUUGGAGAAAUGUCCUCUGGUUCGAUAAAGACCGUUAUAUUUGGAGGAAAAAUGGGGAGGCUUGCAAGCCGAAUAACACCGUCCCAAACAUGAAGCAAGGGGGUGGCAGCAUCAUGUUGUGGGGGUGCUUUGCUGCAGGUGGGACUGGUGCACUUCACAAAUAGACGGCAUCAUGAGGGAGGAAAAUUAUGUAGAUAUAUUGAAGCAACAUCUCAAGACAUCAGUCAGGAAGUUAAAUCUGGUCGCAAAUGGGUCUUCCAAAUGGACAAUGACCCCAAGCAUACUUCCAAAGUUGUGGCAAAAUGGCUUAAGGACAACAAAGUCAAGGUAUUCGAGUGACAAAGCCCUGACCUCAAAUCCUAUAGUACAUUUGUGGGCAGAACUGAAAAAGUGUGUGUGAGCAAGGCCUACAAACCUGACUCAGUUACACCAGCUCUGUCAGGAGGAAUGGACCAAAAUUCACCCAACUAAUUGUGGGAAGCUUAUGGAAGGCUACUCAAAACAUUUGACCCUUGUUCAACAAUUUAAAGGCAAUGCUACCAAAUACUAAUUGAGUGUAUGUAAACUUCUGACCCACUGGGAAUGUGAUGAAAGAAAUAAAAGCUGAAAUAUAUCAUUCUCUCUGCUAUUAUUCUGACAUGUCACAUUCUUAAAAUAAAGUGGUGAUCCUAACUGACCUAAAACAGUGAAUUUGUACUGGGAUUAAAUGUCAGGAAUUGUGAGAAACUGAGUUUAAAUGUAUUUGGCUAAGGUGUAUGUAAACUUGUGUAUGAAUUAUGGUUGUACUUUUAAAACAUUUACUUUCGAGGUGCUUUAAAGGGAAGCAUUCUACAAGGUAAUUUAAAUAAAACAAAACUAUCUGUA